AUGUCGUACAUAAUUAGGCCAGAAGAGAAUGAAACCCAGAAAGAGCGUGAAAAGAAACUAGCGUCCUUAAGUGAGGCGAAAUUACCAUCAUCAGUUGCCAAGCUGAAGAUCGAUUUAAGUAGAGUUAACCUUAAGGUUAUUAUUCGAGAAUGGCUUGAUAAUGAGUUGGAAACCCUUCUACCUGAGGAUGAUGACAUUAUGAAAAGUUAUGUGGAAGAACUUUUAGAGAGUCAAACAGAUGCCCUUUCUGGUGGUGAAUUACAUUUACAAGUUGCAGAGUUUCUUGGAGAAGAAGAAGCUGUUACCUUCAUUAUAAAUCUCUGGAAGGUACUUGAAAGUGCUCUUAACGAGAAAGAUGGAAUUCCACAAGUAAUAAAAGAUAAACGCGAAGUGAAGGCCAGAACCCAAUCCAAACUUACAACUACUUCAAAGUAUGAUGUUUCUCCCAAAGAACCUAAGCGAACAAACUACAACAGAAGUAAAUACAAUACUAAUUCCAAUUCCAAUUCCGAUCGAAACAAUAAGAGCAGCACUCGUAAACCUCGACCUGAUGAUUCAAAACGCUCAUAUGAUCAUGAGCGUUAUCGUAGUGAUCGAGAGCGUGAAAGCGAGAACUCAAGAUACCGUCAAUCCAAUGUCGGCAGUACUUAUCGAUCCAGAUCAAAUAAACACUAA